AUGGCGACUAGGAAUGGAAAAUUUGACUCAAAAAACUUCAAUAAAGUAGUCAUCGAUGACAUUGAAGGAAGCUCUUCAAGCUCAUCAGACGAUGAAGGUCCAGAAUUGCCAAAAGAACUCAAACAGGUCCCAAGUACUUAUGCUUCCAGCUUCCAGAGGUCAAGAAAAUGCACCUGUUCAAUACCAUGCUGGAAGAAUUGGCUGAUUAUUUUGGGAGCUUUCAUAAUAAUAUAUAAUCCUUUGCAUAAAUUUCAUUUUGCUUAUUUAUGGUAAAUUGAUUUUAAAAUGUCAAAAAAAUUUUAACAUACCAUAGACUCAGUUUUAUAUGUAAUGACAUGUCAAAAUUUUUUUGACAUUUUAAAAUCAAUUUACCAUAAAUAAGCAAAAUAAAAUAUUACCAAUACAUUAUAUUAUAUAUUCCUCGGACUUUUUAUGUGGGCGAUGAUGGAGCCGAUGCUUUAUGAUACAUACACAUGCAUGGUAGUAUGGGGAUGCAUUUGGGUAGCCUUCGUCUUGGCAAUUCUUGUUGUGAUUAUUCGGAGACAGCAUAUACUUAAUUUGGAACAAAAGAGAUUAGAAGAGGAGGAAAGACGUGCAGAAGAAGAGAGAUUGAAGCCAAUACAGGUGAAGAUAGAUGAAGAAAACCAGUAA